AUUCAUAAAUCAAUAACAUGCCUUAUGUUAUGUUAUUAACUGCUGCUUCCUUGUUUCCCACUCCAACUAAUGAACUCACUCCCUACCAGCUUGUGGUUGGCAUCUUUAAGAAACAAGAGUUGUUGGAAGAUCUCUUCUUAUUCUAGAAAUCACAUUUAAUUGUUUGUUUUUUUUUUUUUUUUUUUUCACUUUCACAAGAACCCUUUCUCUAUUUCUCUCAAAUUUACAUCUGAUCUAUUAACUUAUUAUCACCAAAUCUGCUCCAAUGGAGUAUGAAAUUCUGCUUCUGGGUUCACUUACAUUGAUUUAUCUACUUGCUUUACUUUACUGGGUUUUCCUUAAAGACUUGAUUAAUGGUCUUAAUUUGAGCUCAUUUGGGCAAGUUAAGAAGUUUUACACUAGGGUUUCAAGUUAUGGUGAUGUAACUUUAAUGGGUAAUGGAAAAGGCUCAAUCUUUAGAUCAAUAAAUGGAAAUUUAGCUGUUGGGUCUUUCAUUAUUUUCUUUUUAGCUUUGAUUGGUGCAUAUUGGUUUCUUUUUAGAGAUUUAAAGCCUAAUUCUUUAGAUCAGGGUUUUAGUAUUUCUGGUCCUAAUGAUGCAACUGGUCAAUGUAAUGUGUUUGAUGGGAAAUGGGUCCCACAUGAUGGGUAUCCUCUGUAUAAUGCAUCUGAUUGCCCAUUUGCUGAACUAGGGUUUAAUUGUUUAGCAAAUGGGAGAAAUGAUAAAGCUUAUUUGAAAUGGAGAUGGAAACCUAAGAACUGUGAAAUUCCAAGUUUUGAUGCAGAAGCUCUUUUGAAAUAUCUUAGGAACAAAAGGGUUGUUUUUGUUGGUGAUUCAUUGACUAGAACACAAUGGGAAUCAUUUAUUUGUAUGCUUAUGUCCGGGGGUGUAGACAAAAGAUUUGUCUAUGAAAUUAAUCAAAAUAAGAUUUCUAAGGAAAUUAGGUUUUUGAAUGUAAGGUUUGAUUCCUAUAACUUCACAGUCGAGUUCUACCGGUCUACUUAUCUUGUUUGGCAAACUACUCCACCGAAACGAGCCCCUAAGAGAGUCAAAUCGACGCUUAGACUUGAUAAAAUGGAUAAUGUGAAUGAAGAAUGGAUUAAUUCAGAUGUCUUGAUAUUCAAUACUGGACAUUGGUGGACAAAGACUAAGCUUUUCGAAACGGGUACAUAUUUUCAGGUUGGUACAUCACUAAAACUGGGGAUGCCAGUAUCUAAAGCUUUGACUAAGGCACUUGAAACCUGGGCAUCAUGGGUUGAAUCAAAGAUAAACCAUAAUAAGACCCAUGUCUUCUUUCGUACAUUUGAAGCUUCACAUUGGAGCGGUCGUAAUCGAAAUAAAUGCAAAUUGAGUCGAAGACCGAUGUUGACAACUCAGGGCAAAGACAGAAGCCCUGUUUCUGACGUGAUAUUGCGGGUUAUCAAGAGUAUGUCUGCACCAGUUACCGCUCUCCAUGUUACUCCGAUGGGAGCAUAUCGUAGCGACGCACAUGUGGGCACAUACGGUGACAAUCCUUCAGUGCCCGAUUGUAGUCAUUGGUGUCUGCCUGGGUUGCCCGAUAUGUGGAAUGAAAUUCUAUUCACAUACCUUCUGCACAAAGAUGAAAUUUCCCGUCAACAAAUUUCAAAGUGAAUACCGUGAAGCAACACGCAUUGAAUUUUCGGACAAACAUCAUUGGAAGUUGUUUCGAUCUCAGAUGAAUAGUUGAUGAAAAUGCAUGAGCGAGGAUGUUUAUACACGGAUCAUAGAAAAAGUUCGAACAUAUAGCAUGUCAAAAAACUGUUCAGUCUUCAGUAUUCGGUGAUUUAUUUCGUCAUCAGGAUGUUUAACUGUAAUUCAAUGUUAACUUGAGACGUGUAUGGCGUGCUAGAAGCCUAGAAGCUCCGGAAUGAUGUUACAAGUAUCCUCAGCUGGAUCCGUUGUAUGUACUUAUGUAUGUAUGUAUGUAAAUUCCUGGUGAUAAUCUUUAAAGUGUAGUUGAAUACUUGCUCUUUCAAUAUACUUGAAUUCUUGCUGAUACUUUCAUCUUGUAAGAAGUUCUUUUUGAUAGAGCCAAAUUUGUUACUGCAUAAAUUUUGAUGAACUUUUUAGCUC